UGUCGGGAAGCUCUCGGAGGCGAAACCAGUGCACGGAUGGACUAGCUAUACUACACAAGGCCCUUUCCUAUCUUCUCGUACUGUUGUGAAUCGUAUAUUUCUUCUUAUAAUUGAUUUCUCUAUUAUUAAUCAUUACUUUUGAUAUUCGUCAACGCCGGAGGACAAUAGUGCUGUGUGAUCUCCGUCGAGAGAUGUGGGAAUCGUACGUCUUACACAUUUCUUCGUUAUAAAAUCGAUCAUCUGUUGUUUUCAUGACGUCACAUGCAUGACCUUCAUCCUGAACUGAGAACACGACAGAAAAUAUGUGGUUGCAGGACUUCCUAACUGGCAACUGGCAAACAGUGUAAUUGCGGACUUGUAUUUACUUAAAAAGCACGACUCCACCAUGGGCUACGGCAGGCGGUGCGGGUGCUGGGCCCUCAGCGAGCUUGAGCUGGAGAGGUCGAGGCAUCAGGCGACCCUCGAAGAGAACACGAGAUACCAGCGACACAUACAGGAUCUCCGGGACGAGCUGUCCACCAUGCACGCGACGGUGGCCGACCUGGAGCGCCGCUACUCCGACCUCUCUGCGCGAUACCGUGGCACUGUGGCGUCUCUGGAUGAGGUAAACGACACCACACUCCGGCUGAAGGACCACUCGUCCGAUCUCACCGACGAAAACCGACGACUUCGGUUGAACUGCGAGAAGCUACAGGAAGAGGCCCGAAGUCUCCGAGAGCAGCUGCAGAACGCACUCUCCGACGCUGAGGACGAGCAUCGACGUCGGGUCUCGAGCGAAGUGUCCCUCUCUCGCGACCUCGCUGACACCGAACGCAAAUUCAGCAUGAAACUCCGUCGGGCCAAUUCCUUACACGACAUGGACAAAGUGCACCUUCGUCAGGACCUCGAUCGCCUGUACCACGCCCUCCGUCGGGAGAAAUACUCAAAUAAAUACUGGAGGGAUUAUCGUCACCAUUAUUACUGUGGUCAUCACGACUGCGUUGAUUGUGUGUACGAUCCCAUGCUGUUGGACUGAUGACAUGGAGGGCGCAGGUUUUAUGUACCUAUUUGAUUAAUUUAUUUCUUUGGAUAUGGCUCUUAUUUUUGGCUUAUUUUGAGGCUUGGUUAUGUCUUCUCUCAAUGGACUUUCUUUAUUUUAUGAGUCCGGUGUUGUUGGAUUACUCGUAUGAGAGAGAAAUCACGUCCAUAUAUAUAUUUAUGUUUUUUUUCUUCAAGUUCACGAUAUUUUUGCUAUAUUCUCGACACGAUAUAAAAAUGUUGCUAACAAAUUUACCAAUAUACAAAAAAAAAAAAAAAAAAAAAAAAAAAACAAUCAAAAUAAUUCGGAAAACGGAAACGAUUUAACGCGAGUUCAUUAAUUAUUUCAAUGAUUUUCGUCUGUAUUCCACUUUACGUAAUUUCAUCAUUAAUAUUUUUGUGUUUUUAUUAAACCUUAUUUUCUCAUUGUCAUAAUCAGUCUCCGUAUAAAUUUAGUUAGAAUUAUUCACUGUUUAAAUUAGAUGCAGAAGUGUAAUAGUUUAUAUGAACAUAAAACCAAGUAGACGAAAUAUUAAAACUUACAAUAGUAAAGGGAAAGCAAAUGAAGAAAAGGAAAUAGAAGGAAAUUUGUAAUCAGUAAUUUAACCUAACGAUUUUAUGCAUAAUUUUACUUCUACCGAUUCCCUUUAAAUUUAUUCGCCCACGAUCUUUAUUUGCAAUAUUCAUUACUAUUAUUACAGUAUAUUCAUUUUCGCAUUAAUGUGAAGUUAGGCAUCACAAUACCGUCCAACACAAACCAUAUUUUACCAUUUUUAUUAGUAUAAAUGAUAUAUAAAUGUUCAUUUAUAAGAAUAAAUAAAUACUAUAUUAUACUAAUUUCUUAUAAAUCAUGUAUACUAAUAGAAGUGACAAUAAUGCCUUAUUAAAAUGGGUUUCCUUGCCUUAGUGUUAAUGGCUCCCCGACCCUGCUUAACAAAAAUAGCAGAUUCUUUUGCCAUUGUCGAGAAGUAUAAAGUCUAGGCUGUGCUGCACAUAUAGCGACUAGAUACAGUGAUACAUUUAGGACAAAAUAAAAUGAUUAAACAGUAAGAAAACAAUUAAAUUAAAUCAACGCUCCGUACACCAUAAAAGUCAGUCAGCUGUUUUGUCUUCGACUUUUCCAAUGCUUCACAUUUGUCAUUACGAUGUGAAAUAAAGUUGGGAAUUGUUUGAGAACUGUUCUUUAGUUAGGAUAUAAAGAAUAACGUAAUGCAGAGGAUUAUUUCUUUGUUGCUCUGUGUUGUUUUUGAUCAGUAAUCAAUUAAAUUAAAUUUGAUAU